UAAAUUAUUAGCAUAAAUUGUUUUCGCAUUCAUUUGGUAGUGAUAGUUAUUGCAAAAAGACGUGUUUCAUGUCGUGCUGAAAUCAUUACUAAACAGAAUGACGGGAACUAAAGCAAAGCAAAGGACUGUCAAGGACACCAACGGCAAACCGAAGACCAAAGACGAACCAAAGAAGACCAAAUACUGGGAACCUUUGACGGAGGGUGUCAAGUGGAUUGAAAAGUAUGGCGAGAAUCUGGAGAACUUCUUUGAAAGGCUACCCGAGUUCAUCAGCACAUUCAUAGCCACUUUCGCCAUAUUCACAUUUGGAGCUACAUUAAGAGGCGAAUGGGUGGUGAUCCUUGUAACAGCUCUGAAGCAGCUGAGCGGCCACACACAAAACAGCACCAAUGGCACCACAGAGCUGUUGGAGUUGUUCACCUCCAGAAACCUUAAGAUGGAGAACUUCACGCCCAUCUUCAUUGGAGCCCACGUGGUCUCUAUGAGCAUGUACUUCUUGAUCGGAGGCUUCUUGCACUGGUACUUCUACCUGAAUAGAAGACAUGUAGCAAAGGAGUGGAAGAUCCAGCCUGAGAAGUGGUUGUCCCCUGAGCUCGAACGCCACGAGAUCAUGGUCGGCACCUUCUCUCUGCUCGUGACUGGCAGCUUCUCUGCUUUCUUAGCCUGCUAUAUUUACAAUGGCAACCCAUCCACCAUCUACUACCAGUUCGAUGAGUACGGCUGGCUGUGGUUCUUCUUGCAGUUCCCUGUUAUCUUCUUGUACCAGGACUACACGACCUACAUCCUCCACCGUCUGUACCACACCCCAUGGCUGUACAAGCACUUCCACAAGCUCCACCACAAGUACAAGCAGCCGACCGCUUUCUCCGUGACCGCCAUCCACCCAGUCGAGAUCAUGCACGUCCAGCUCACCAUGUGUCUGCCACUCUUCACCAUCCCUGUUCACUGGGCAUCUUUCUACAUAAUUGCCAUCUACGUGUACUACCACGGCAUCAUCGACCACUCCGGCAUCAACUUCAAGGCUCAGUGGUGGCAGCCGUGGCAGCCUGACGCAGAGUUCCACGACCAACACCACGAGUUCUUCCAUUGCAACUUUGGAUUCAAUAUGUCGCUUUGGGACAGACUACACGGUACAAUGAGGAAGACAUAUCGCGCGUACACAGAAGAGACCUUCCACGGUGAGGCACCAGCACUCGACACCGCCGAAGGCAAGGCUAUUUUAGCUCAAAACCCAGACUUAAUCGAGAGCAAAGUUUUAAACGAAGAAAUUCCCGAAAUUCUAAAUAGCAUCAAAAAGACAUCGUAAUCAGUAAAUAGAUAAUUUAAAUAUAUAGCUUUAGGACAUAACUUUUUGGAUAAUAAUCAUAGGCAAUUUGAAUACUAUAAGUAAUUAGAUUGAACAUUUUUGAUCAAAUAUGUAUAAAGAUUAUGUGAUAUCAGACACCACUAAAACCAUUGUUCGUCAUUCAACUCCAUCUGUUUCAAGCAAAACUAAGAGCAAAAAGUACUGAUACAAUCAUUGCUCCAAAACAGAACUCAUUUAUGAUAAAAUACUAAAAAUAGAUACAAUCAAUUGUGAUAAUAAAAUGUUAUUAUAGAUAUUGGUGAUAAUAGAUACCUAGUUAUAUUUAUUACAACAUAAUAAACGUUUUUUGUGGGAAA